UUCCUGCGUCCCUGCUGCUCAAAGAUCACACUCCCCCCUUUUUGUCCUUUUGUUUCCGAGGUGGAGCCUGAUACCCCGACUUCUCCCAAACUGAACUGCCGGGCGAAGCAGACGGACAAGAUAGAGGACUGGUGGCACAGAUCCGGGACGCAGAAGAUCGGGGAGGGACCUUAAAGUCGGCUGCGAGGACGAAGAAGGGAUUUUUGUGGAGCGCUUUCACGAUUCUACAAACCGGUUUUAAAGACGAGCGAGAGAGAGAGAGGGAUCCGAGAAAGAUGAAUUAUUUCAUCCUGAUGUCGCUUUUUGCCACGGUUAUCGUCGGAAAGUCACCCCGGCUGAAAUUCGUUGUGCACGAGCCCUCCAGGUUCCACUUCUUCAAGCCGGAGAACUACCUCAGCAUGUACCACCAGGAGGGGAGCGACACGCUGUACGUGGGCGGCCAGGCGAUGAUCUAUGUGCUGACGUUCACUAACAGAGGGGUCCACGACCAGCAGAUCCCAGCGGCUUCUGAUCAGACUGCAAUUGAUACCUGCAAGGCAAAGGGUGCACCACUGGAGCUGGAGUGUGAUAAUUUCAUCACCGUCAUUCAGAAAGUAAAUGACACACUCAUCGUAUGUGGGACAAAUGCUGGUAGCCCCAGGUGCUGGAUGCUGGUGAACGGCACCGUGCUGACUGACGUCCAAGGCAACGGGCAGAUAGCGUCGGCCUCUGACAUCUCACCACCCUACCCUUCCCAGAGGUCCAUCAGCCUGCCUGCAGAUGGGAGUAUGUACUCGGCGAUGUCCUCGGUGGCGGGUCACGCCGGCUCGAUCCGGCGUACGUUUGGCUCCCAGAAACUCCUGAAGACGGAGAACAUUUGGCUGCUGAAUCCGCAGUUUGCCGGCGCAGCCAUAAUCCCAUCCUCUCUGAAGUACAAGGAGGAGAUCUACUUCUUCUUCAGCGAGUUCAACAAGACGGCCCGAGUCGACGAGGAGCCUUACAGGGCUCGCAUCGGACGGAUCUGCACGGUGGACGAGGGUGGCAUCAAAGCCCUGCUGGAGAACUCGUGGACCACCUUCAUGAAGGCGCGGGUGAUGUGCGGCUCAGGAAACACUCAGCAGCAGUACAACAACAUGAAGCAGGCGGUGGUGCUGACGGCUCAGGACAAGAGGGCCGGCGUCAUGUACGGCCUGUUUUCCAACGCAUGGGGCAGAAAUGUGAUCUGUGCCUACUCCAUUGAAGACAUUGACCAAGCUUUCUCCACGUCUAAACUGAAGGGCUACAGCAGUCCAUUCAUCGGCAGUCGCCCUGGGAUGUGUGUCCACAAGAACUCGACAGCGGGAGGUCACAACGACAUCAAGAACCUUGGGGUGAUCAGAUACCACCCAGAAAUAGAGGACGUGAUUCGGCCAGUUGGUGUGUCUCCACUCGACCUGCCCACGGACGACCAGAUCACACACACUGUGGCGGAUAUAGUCCUGGCAGUCAACGAUGAGCACUACAGCGUCCUCUACCUGGGAACAGAUCAAGGCAAAGUCCUGAAAGUUCUCCACAGCAGCGAGGGGGUCUUCAUCAUCUCUCAGUACUCGCUGUUUCACAACGAAGGACCCGUCCUGAACAUGGCCAUCGACUCCCAAAAGGGUCACCUGUAUGUCGGCACAGCCAUGGAGAUCCAGCGGCUGCCGCUGGCUGACUGCGGUCGCUAUGGCGACACAUGCAGAGAGUGCAUCCUUUCCAGAGAUCCGUACUGCGGCUGGGACAGGGCCAGGAGGAAGUGCGUCGCCAUCCCGCCCGGAUACAAUGUCACGACUGGGGCGCUCGUUCAGAAUCUGGACCAUUCCAACUCGUCGGUUUGUGGGGAAGCUGCUGCUCUAAAACAGCGCCGGACCUCCCCCAGGGAAGUGAUGGUUCAGUCCAACACCUCCAUCUUUCUCCCUUGCCCCGUGCGCUCCUUCCACGCCACCUACCGUUGGGAGAAGGACAACUGCAUCAAGAACUAUCCCUGCCUCUUCUCUGGGGACUUCUGCAUCCUGGGGCCGGUUGUCGACACGCCCCUGAAGGAAGGCGUUUUCCGCUGCAUGGCCACCGAGGACGGGUUCAAGGUGGAGGUCAUCUCCUUCAGGCUGGUGAACAACGGCAGGCUCCUCGCCGCCUCCCUGGCCUCCACCGUGGGGCUGUCGCUCCUGCUCGCCGUGGCCACCCUGUGGCUUCAUUAACUGCAGCUAACGCUAAUGCUAACCCCUCAUCCUUACUGGCUCCCAAUGACAGGAAAGGCGAGGAGCCGAUGUUAGGAGGUGAGGUUCGCAGAGCAUUGAAGUACAUGGUUAGGUUAGACGGUGAAACUUCACCUUCUUCCGUAUCGAUUUUUAGAGAAACAGUCCAGGAAACGUCUACAAAUGAGGGAUUCAAUUCUGUGCUUUUUUGCAUAAAUCUACAUAUCUUAGUAACAGAUCCAAACAGGAAGUAAGGUUUAUUGAUAUUCAGACUUAAGGAGUUCCUGUUCAGCCAUACUUUGGUGCUUUGCAAACCUUUCCUUCUGACUCAAAGAGAUAAACAUAUCCAAUGAGUUGGGCAAAAAAAAACACCAAUACCAGGCCAAUUCUUUUCAUCAUUCCUCGACUUCUUUUCAAAUUGACUUGAUUGUGCUUCUUUGUGAAUCUAUAAACCUUUAAUACCGCUCUUACAUCCGUCCAUACAUCUUGUUAAAGUUCAUCCGUAUAGCUCAUUAGUACUUAGAGAAAUGUCUGGUAUUGAAAUUCAAAAGCCUUAACACUUCUGGGACAUUAACUCCUAAGCACAAUUUUGCAGUUGAGGCAGAACGCUGCAGGCUCGGUCGGACUUGGCGCUAUAAUUAGUGCAGCUGAGUCCAACAACAUCGCUGGGAGGAAGUGUCAGCUAUUUGACAGGAAGUAGGCGUGUGGGCAAACGCUCAUUUUCCAACAUCACUGUGUCUCAGCACCUCCUCCACAGACGAGGCAGUUUCUUGCAUCUUUUUAUCGGAUGGUAUCAGACAUCGUUAGCACGCCUUGUUCACAGCUUUGUCCGUUGUUCUUCUUUUCUUUUCUUUUUUUAAAAUCGUCCUUCCUCCUCCCUAGAGCAUCAGAAACUAAACCCUCGCUGUUACAGGAAGUGAAAUAAUACAACAAACGCCUUCAGCUCCUCUGGAAACAAGUAUAUAACUGUGAGAUUUAAAAAGCCUCUGAAUGUUUCUGUAAGAUUUAUUUAAAAAACAAUUUAAUUACAAAUCAUGUCAAUCAACAUGAAAAUUUAAACUUAGAGAUUUCCGAAUAUCCAGAAUUUUUUUUACUUAUUCUGUGUAUGUUGGCACCAUUAAAAGAGUCCGUCGAUGUUUGGGACACGGCGUGCACGGCGACAAAGAAGAGCUAAUCGUGCUAAUGUCAACGUGACAGCGUGUAAUGUCAGAUUUUUAAACUUCAAGGUGAUACAAAUAAAAAUCAAACAAUAUCAAUCCCUGUUAAGAAACUACGGCAAAAAAAAAAAAAAAGAAGUCC